UAUGCAGAAGUACUAGAGAGCUGGAGCACACUGGAGCAGUAGCAAGAGAAUACCGCGAAGUUAACCAAUUCCGCCCGUCUGAAGAUCUAAAAUACAUCCAGGCUGAAUGAACCGCGAUCGAUUAUAAUGCGAAAUACAUUCGCUAAAUUAUUCGCGCACAGAAUACACCUAAUUUCACCGGUCCUCACGCCGUAUCGCAGUAAGCACUGUCUACCGAAACGCACGCUGAGGAUGAACGAGGCAUUUCUCCGCUACGAGAAAGGCAAUGACCUGUUCGACAUCUCGUUUCGUUAUGUGGACGAGGCGACGAAGGUCGACCGUCAGUUCAACUUUUCCAGGCAGGCCGCGGAAAGCGUGAACAAUUUCCUCAAAAGGAUCGACACAAAUGUUUGCAAAUUUGUAAACAAAAAGAUAGAGAGAAAAAGGAAGAAAAAUGCUGCUGCUGUGGAGAUGCCAGAUUUGUCAAACGAUAAUGUGAAGACUGGGAAGAUCAUGCUUCUCAAGAAUGAUGUCAAAGUCGAUGGCGAUACAUUAUGCCAAAGCCUUCUACAGGAUUCCGCAGAGCUAAAACUGAUCAUUUUUGAGAAGACUUUCUUGGUAAAGCGAAAUUCGCCUUACAUCAUCAGAAUGUCAUUACCAUCGAGCAUAUUGGCAGGUUUUCCAACUUAUCCAUCCAAGUUGGAGUCACUGUACACUGACAUAAAGAAAUCGACUUUCGACUGGUACAAAAACGAUUCUAUUAACAAUAAGCCGAAUUUGUGGACACACAUAAGCAAUGGAUAUUUAUACGUACCCAACGUGACCGACAUUGGCUGCCAUUUGAAAGUUAACUGUGAACCGCGAAACGAAUCGGAUUCUGGCUCUAGGAUGGAAGUAGAGUCGAAGAAUGUCGUGGAAGCCGGACCUGGACAAUGCCCAUCCGACAUUCGACAUCAGUUCACAAAACAUAAAUUAUCAGGCAGAAGUUUCAGGAUAAUAAGUUAUAAUAUACUGGCAGAUACGUAUGCCGAUUCUGAUUUUUCUAAGGAUGUAUUGUUUCCAUACUGUCCACAAUAUGCUUUAGACAUGGACUACAGAAAGCAAUUGGUACUUAAAGAAAUAAUAGGUUUUAAUGGCGAUAUAAUUUGUUUGCAAGAAGUAGAUAGAAGUAUAUACGAAUAUGAUUUGUUACCUUCUCUGUACAUGCUGAAUUACGAUGGCGUGUUUGUUACGAAAAAUGAAAUUAGCGAAGGACUCGCCACAUUUUUCAAUCAGGAUAGAUUUGAGAAAUUAAGAUUCGAAUACAGCAUAAUGGCUCAAAACGUUGAUCUUCCUAAAUUUGCUGCCAUCUGGUCCAAAAUCGACAAUGACAAGAUGAAGGAAAGAUUUUUGGCUAGAAAUACAACCAUUCAGGUGACGACGUUACGAUCAAAAGAGAACCGAUCUGAGAUCUUGAUUAUCGGCAACACACAUUUAUACUUUAAACCUGAUUCGGAUCAUAUACGUUUGUUGCAAGGAUUUUAUGCUGUUACAUAUAUACACGAUAUCGCGAAAAGGAUUCGAGAAGAGAAUCCUGAAUGUAACGUGAGUGUGCUACUUUGCGGAGACUUUAACAGUGUCCCGGAAUGCGGCAUUUAUCAACUGAUGACUGAGAAUUACGUUCCAGAAACCUGCGAAGACUGGAAAAGUAAUGCUGAGGAAGCUAUAAAAAAUAUAUCUUUAAAACAGGAUCUUUGCAUGUUUAGUGCUUGCGGCACGCCGGAAUAUACCAACUACACGCCGGAGUUCUCUGCCUGUCUGGACUACAUAUUUUAUGAGAGAGACAAGUUCGUAGUAGAACAAGUGGUCCCAAUGCCUAGUAAGGAAGAACUUACUCUUCACACAGGUUUACCAUCCGUGGUGUUUCCCAGUGAUCAUAUAUCUUUAUGUGCUGAUUUAAAAUUGAAAGAAUAAUAAAUAUUCGACAUUAAUAAAUAGA